AUGCGCACGGCCUCUCCGCAGGGUUCCGAGAGGUGGAGCGCUGCGGCGGGAGGCGGCCAACGUGACGUUGCCAGCGUGGUCACGUGGCCGCCGGUCAUCGCCCCCUCCCCCCCUCCCUUGCCGUUCGCCCGCUGGUCGGCCCGCCAGGCUGAUUCUGCGAGCGCCCGGCAGGCUGAGGGAGUAACCGCACACGCCGAGCUCGUGACGGCGCCUCCCCUCCAGUCAGCCCCGCUCGCCUCCGCCCGGCCUCCCUUAGCGCGUGGCCGGGAGGAGACCCGAGGCCCCGCUCCGCCCUGGUCUGCGCGCCACCGGCCAGACGGGGGUGGCGGGCGGGUGGCGACGGCGGGCGGGCUUCGCGGCUGCGCCCCUCCGAAGGCCGAGCCCUGGGCCCAGCGCCCCGCGCCGAGCCAACUUCCUCCUGGGCCGCCCUGCUCACGUCCGCCCGGGCCGGCGCGUUUCCUCCUUAGGCCGGAAGCCGGGCACCUGGAGCCCCCGGACCUUGACCCCUUACCCCAGAGUCCCUCUCGUGCCUUUGCUGUGCAGUGA